GUGAGCUGAGAUAAGGUGGGGCUUUACCUAGCAAAGACUUAUAGAUGACCUGGAGCCAGCGGGUUUGGCGACGAAUAUGAAGCGAGGGCCAGCCAACGAGAGUAUACAGGUUGCAGUGGUGGGUAGUAUAUGGGGCUUUGGUGACAAAACGGAUGGCACUGUGAUAGACUGCAUCCAAUUUGCUGAGUAGAGUGUUGGAGGCUAUUUUGUAAAUGACAUCGCCAAAGUCAAGGAUCGGUAGGAUAGUCAGUUUUACGAGGGUAUGUUUGGCAGCAUGAGUGAAGGAUGCUUUGUUGCGAAAUAGGAAGCCGAUUAUAGAUUUAAUUUUGGAUUGGAGAUGCUUAAUGUGAGUCUGGAAGGAGAGCUUACAGUCUAACCAGACACUUAGGUAUUUGUAGUUGUCCACAUAUUCUAAGUCAGAACCAUCCAGAGUAGUGAUGCUGGACGGGAGGGCAGGUGUGGGCAGCGAUCGGUUGAAGAGCAUGCAUUUAGUUUUACUUGCAUUUAAGAGCAGUUGGAGGCCACGGAAGGAGAGUUGUAUGGCAUUGAAGCUCGUCUGGAGGUUAGUUAACACAAUCCAAAGAAGGGCCAGAAGUAUACAGAAUGGUGUCAUCUGAGUAGAGGUGGAUCAGAGAAUCACCAGCAGCAAGAGCGACAUCAUUGAUGUAUACAGUGAAAAGUCGGCCCGGGAAUUGAACCCUGAACCCCAUAGAGACUGCCAGAGGUCCGGACAACAGGCCCUCCACUGAACUCUGUCUGAGAAGUAGUUGGUGAACCAGGCGAGACAGUCACUUGAGAAACCAAGGCUGUUAAGUCUGCCGAUAAGAAUGUAGGUGAUUGCCAGAGUCGAAAGCAUUGGCCAGGUCGAUGAAUACAGCUUCCCAGUACCUUAACAAUCAGCAUUAAGUACUAGCAGGUGAGAGCAUUCACAGCCAACAGUUCAUACAAGCUCCAGCUAGCCGUUUUUACAAUACUGUAUGAAACGCAAUCACUUGUUCAGGUACACAUUAUUCCAUUUCUGUUAGUCUGUGGAACUUGUUCAGUUUAUGCCUCAGUUGUGGAAUCUUGUUAUGUUCAUACAAAUAUUUACACAUGCUAAGUUUGCUGAAAAUAAACACAGUUGACAGUGAGAGGACGUUUCUUUUUUUGCUGAGUUUAUGUUCUGUUGCAGUGCUCAUUGCAGUGGUUUACAACUUUAUUUGACUAUUAUCGGUCAGUGUGAACUGACUGAGGCAGAAAGUAAUCAUAUUGUGCACCCUACAGACCAUUCCUUGGUACUGCAAGAUCAUCUGAAAGUAGGCCUUCUAUAAUGCCAAAGCAGGCAACAAAUGAAAAGGAUAUUAGCCCUACACUAUCAAGAGCAUCAUGCUACAUUACCGCUACAUUUCAAUAAAACACGUGAUCUUAUUCACAGGAAUUCUAAUAGGUUAGGUUAGUAUUACAAAGCAAUAUUUUGGUAUUAUUUUAGUGAUUCAUUUGUUGAUCAUUUUUGGUGACAUGUACAGGGAAAUGUUCAAGAUAUCAAUAGUGUGCAAUAAAGGUAGACUACAUAAAGUUAUUUUUAUGAACUAUAUUAAAUAUUUUAAUCCUUGAUAUGUUACUUAUAAAUAAAAAUAGGAAUAAGUGUUUAUGAAGUUUCCCUUAUUAAUGUGAAUAAUGAAGCGUGUUGAGCCUGAGCGCCAUGUCAGACAGAAAGAGUCAGCAGAUAAAGUUUCCAUAAUCGAGUCCAUAAUAUAAAUUGUGUUCUGGCUCCAGGACUGGAGGGGUUUCACGCCCAUUAGUCCAGUUCAAUGGCUUUAAGUAUGAGCGGUGGAACUCGUGACGGUCAUGAACAUUCCUUUCCUCCCCUCACAGUUCUAACCUUUUCUCAAGUCAGAGAUUUAAGCAAAGAAAAGUGAGACUGAGAGCUUUCGGGAAAGCGCUGAGAAGCAAUUUAGAAGGACCGGACCCUUCACAAUCUAAUUGUCUACUUUGGGUGUAAAAGUCUGGAUGGAAAGAGAUGCCUCGCGGUGACUUCAACGUUUAUUUUGCAAGCAGAGGAGGACAGCAUGUCAGGGCCGAAGAGGCAGCUGGCAUAGCUCUGUUGGUUGUAAUUCUCGCAGCCCUUCUCAUCGUCGGAUGCUGGUAUUUCAAGAGGAGAAGCGGGUACAAAAUGAUCAGGAGCCCAAGAUCAGGGUCCCCGCCAGGAUUCAUUGGUGGACAGUUCAGCCAGCGAAGAGCUGCAGCAGAAAACAAGAUGGGCCUCAGUGAGCUCCGACCUGUGCUUCCCAAUGCCCCUCCUGCCUAUGAGAAGAUCUCAUCAGGACCCCUACCUCCUCCCUACUCGCCCUAAUAACAACAGUCCUCUGUGGGAUAACCAAAAAGAUGAAACUUCAUGUGUUAUGUCAUUAAACACACGAUCAAACUUGUGAAGAAUAAAUAUUUUGCACUCUAUUCACUAUCACAAGUUUAUAGAAGUAUUCUUCAAUAAAAAAAAAUGUUUUUUUUGGGGGGGGGACACUGUAGUUUCAUGUUAAUGUUCUGACCUUUUAGCUCCACAAGCUUUUAUUUCUGAAUGCUGCUCAAAGAACAAGACUUUCUAUCAAUCCCUGUAUAUCUAAACAUAACAAUGUUGUACUUUGGAAGUUGUUUGUUCAUUUCAGUGAUAACCUAGCUUCCGCCGAGUCCCCAACAAACCGGAUGUUCCGCUUUUCAGGAGGAAUGGAAAGCGAGCCUGUGCCGCAACUUCCGCUUUUGGACGUUUACAAGGCGACGCUCCAUCUUAACUCCUCCUCCACAUUUACUGGAUUGGUUGAACAGUGCAGAAUAGAACCUCCCCGGACUAUUUUGUAGGGGACCUAGUAUCAGGUGUUUAUUUUAUGCCUGCUACGUUACAUUCGUGACAACCAAAUGUGUAGCAGCAAUUGAGAAUUGUUCUGAAGUUAAUGACAACAGCUUACCGGCUUGAUUGUUUGCUUAUAUAUUUCAAAAUGUACUUAUGAGGAUUUGGAAAGUAUACAUUUCAAUAAAGAA